AUGGGGACGCCUACCAGGAGGAAAUCACACUUGCUAAUGCUGGCCGCUGUGGCCCUUGUCUCCACUCCAGCUUGGAGCUCAGCCUGGGGAUCCCCGGCCACCUUUGGGCCUGUCUUUGAAGACCAGCCCCUCGGUCUGCUAUUCCCAGAGGAGUCCACAGAGGAGAAGGUGACACUGGCAUGCCGUGCCCGGGCCAGCCCUCCGGCCACCUACAGGUGGAAGAUGAAUGGCACCGAGAUGAAGCUGGAGCCAGGCUCCCGCCACCAGCUGGUUGGGGGCAACCUGGUCAUCAUGAACCCCACCAAAGCCCAGGACGCCGGCGUCUACCAGUGCCUGGCCUCCAACCCAGUGGGCACCGUUGUCAGCAGGGAGGCUGUCCUCCGCUUUGGCUUCCUGCAGGAAUUCUCCAAGGAGGAGCGAGACCCAGUGAAAACCCACGAAGGUUGGGGUGUGAUGUUGCCCUGUAACCCACCCGCCCACUACCCAGGCUUGUCCUACCGCUGGCUCCUCAACGAGUUCCCCAACUUCAUCCCUACGGACGGGCGUCACUUCGUGUCCCAGACCACAGGGAACCUGUACAUUGCCCGGACCAAUGCCUCAGACUUGGGCAACUACUCCUGCCUGGCCACAAGCCACAUGGAUUUCUCCACCAAGAGCGUCUUCAGCAAGUUUGCUCAGCUCAACCUGGCUGCAGAAGACACCAGGCUCUUUGCCCCCAGCAUCAAGGCCCGGUUCCCAGCAGAGACCUAUGCACUGGUGGGGCAGCAGGUCACCCUGGAGUGCUUCGCCUUCGGGAACCCCGUCCCCAGGAUCAAGUGGCGCAAAGUGGAUGGUUCCUUGUCCCCACAGUGGGCCACAGCCGAGCCCACCCUGCAGAUCCCCAGCGUAGGCUUUGAGGACGAAGGCACCUACGAGUGUGAGGCGGAGAACUCCAAGGGCCGCGACACCGUCCAGGGCCGCAUCAUCGUGCAGGCUCAGCCCGAGUGGCUCAAGGUGAUCUCAGACAUGGAGGCUGACAUCGGUUCCAACCUGCACUGGGAAUGCGCAGCCGCCGGCAAGCCCCGGCCCACAGUGCGCUGGCUUCGGGAUGGGGAUCCUCUGGCCUCCCAGGCCCGGGUAGAAGUGCUGGCCGGGGACUUGCGAUUCUCCAAGCUGGGCCUAGAGGACUCAGGCAUGUACCAGUGUGUGGCGGAGAACAAGCACGGCACCAUCUACGCCAGUGCCGAGCUGGCCGUGCAAGCACUUGCCCCCGACUUUAGGCUGAAUCCUGUAAGGCGUCUGAUCCCCGCAGCCCGAGGGGGAGAGAUCGUUAUCCCCUGUCAGCCCAGGGCAGCUCCGAAGGCCGUGGUGCUCUGGAGCAAAGGCACUGAGAUUUUGGUCAACAGCAGCAGAGUGACUGUAACUCCGGAUGGCACCUUGAUCAUAAGAAACAUCAGUCGGUCAGAUGAAGGCAAAUAUACCUGCUUUGCUGAGAAUUUCAUGGGCAAAGCCAACAGCACGGGCAUCCUGUCUGUACGAGAUGCAACCAAGAUCACUCUAGCCCCCUCGAGUGCCGACAUCAACUCGGGAGAUAACCUGACCCUGCAGUGCCACGCCUCCCACGACCCCACCAUGGACCUCACCUUCAUCUGGACCCUGGACGACUUCCCCAUCGAUUUCGACAAGCCUGGGGGUCACUACCGAAGGGCCAGUGUGAAGGAGACGGUUGGGGAUCUGACCAUCCUGAACGCCCAGCUGCGCCACGGUGGGAAGUACACAUGCAUGGCCCAGACGGUGGUGGACAGUGCAUCUAAGGAGGCCACAGUCCUGGUCCGAGGUCCGCCAGGUCCCCCAGGAGGCGUGGUUGUGAGAGACAUCGGUGACACCACUGUCCAGCUCAGCUGGAGCCGUGGCUUUGACAACCACAGCCCCAUUGCCAAGUACACCCUGCAAGCUCGCACUCUACCUGCAGGGAAGUGGAAGCAGGUUCGGACCAAUCCCGCCAACAUCGAGGGCAACGCCGAGACCGCCCAGGUGCUGGGCCUCACGCCCUGGAUGGACUAUGAGUUCCGGGUCUCAGCCAGCAACAUCCUGGGCACUGGGGAGCCCAGUGGGCCCUCCAGCAAAAUCCGGACCAAGGAAGCAGCCCCUUCGGUGGCACCCUCAGGUCUCAGAGGAGGUGGUGGAGCCCCUGGAGAGCUCAUUGUCAACUGGACGCCCAUGUCCCGGGAGUACCAGAACGGAGACGGCUUCGGCUACCUGCUGUCCUUCCGCAGGCAGGGCAGCACUAGCUGGCAGACCGCGCGGGUGCCCGGCGCCGAUGCCCAGUACUUCGUCUACAGCAACGAGAGCGUCCGGCCUUACACGCCCUUUGAGGUCAAGAUCCGCAGCUACAACCACCGCGGGGAUGGGCCUGAGAGCCUCACCGCGAUCGUGUACUCGGCUGAGGAAGAGCCCAGGGUGGCCCCUACCAAGGUCUGGGCCAAAGGGGUCUCAUCCUCAGAGAUGAACGUGACCUGGGAACCGGUGCGGCAGGACAUGAAUGGUAUCCUCCUGGGGUACGAGAUCCGCUACUGGAAAGCCGGGGACAAAGAAGCAGCUGCUGACCGAGUGAGGACAGCAGGGCUAGACACCAGUGCCCUAGUCACCGGCCUACACUACAACACCAAGUACCACGUGACUGUGCGGGCCUACAACCGGGCCGGCACUGGGCCGGCCAGCCCUUCCGCCAAUGCCACGACCGUGAAGCCCCCUCCACGGCGACCCCCUGGCAACAUCUCCUGGACUUUCUCAAGCUCCAGUCUUAGUAUUAAGUGGGACCCUGUGGUCCCGCUCCGAAAUGAGUCUGCAGUCACAGGCUAUAAGAUGCUGUACCAGAACGACUUACACCCGACUCCCACGCUCCACCUCACCAGCAAGAAUUGGAUAGAAAUUGCGGUUCCUGAAGACAUUGGCCAUGCCCUGGUGCAGAUUCGGACCACAGGGCCAGGGGGGGACGGGGUCCCGGCAGAAGUCCACAUCGUGAGGAAUGGAGGCACAAGCAUGAUGGUGGAGAACUCGGCAGGCUGUCCAGUCCCACAUCCUGGCACCGUCCUUUGUCACUCCGUGGCGACGCUGAUCCUCAUAGGCUACCUGGAGCUCUGAUCUCGGCACCCCUCCCUCUCCGCCACAGCUGGACACCCACCUCCGUUGGACACAGCCAGCUGGCCCCAGUCCCUUCCCAAUGCCAAGGUGGCCCAACACUGUGCCUGAGAAUGACUGGUUUUAAAUACCUACUUUAAACAGUGCCCUUUUCGUAGGAGGUAGGAUAUUUCAUAUUCUGCCACAGGAUAGAACCCAUGCGAGGAUUUUUUUUCUUUAAAUCAAGAGGCACCAGACAGUAAGUUCCAUGAUGAUACUGAACCCUAUGCCUGGGCCCUCUAGGGUGCCUGGAUGGAAGGAAGACCUACAGGAAGAAGGGGGUUUAAACAUGUAUCUGCGCAUCAGCGGAGAUAGCACUCUGGGGCCGCAUAUGGACUCUGCUCCAGAGAGCGGAGUCCUAAGCCCGGGAACACUGGACAGGAACAGGACAAAGCUUACACAGCAGCAUCUCUCAGUCUAAGGAGAGGCCCAAACCUGGGGGCCAGGGACUCUCCUACUUUCUCCUCUUACAGGACAGCACGGCUGGACCCUGACAUUGUCCUGGAUAACUCCCUGGAGGCCCCUGCCACCUGCCUAGAUGGCUGAGAACCAGUGCUCUGGUGUCUGAGGCCGGGAGCCUGAGCCCCUGCAGCUCUGGGGGGCGACGCUCCCGACUGCUGGGUGGGAGCUAAGAAGGGUUGAGAAGCUGAGACUCCUGGUGGAAAGGGGCACCAGACUUGGCCUGAGGCACAGUCACAAUCCAGGUGACCUUGCCCGCUUAGCCAAUACUGCCAACCCGACCCUGUCACCCCAGAGUGACAGAAGCCACUACAGGUGGCUGGGUGACUAAAGGGCUUGUCUUGGGCAGGUCCCCCACCGCACCAAGCCCCAGCCUGCACGGUCCCUCCCGGGUUUGGGUAGGAGGCAGGAGUGCCUCCACCGUCCUCCUCCAGCAGAAUGCAGCUGUAAUUCUGUGUGUCUGGAGUCAGGAGUCUUCUGAGAAGGGCAAAGGAUAAAUGCGGCCCUACCUGCUCGCAGGAAUGCCCUGGGCCACCUGGCAACCCGUCCCCCAGGCUGCCUCGGAUGCUCUUUUGCACUCCCCCAGAAGACAAAGGGGUAAAUAAAUGGGACAUCUUAGCUUGCGCUCUGGGUGUAUUACCAGUCACAGCACGUCAGAGCUGGAAGAGGCUUUAGACCUCACUGGGCCCAAGCCCCCACUCUACAGGUGAGGUAACGGAGUUGGAAGGGGCAGGGCCUUCCUCAGGUCACACAGCCUGUCAGUGAUGGGGCUGGGAUAACACUCUUCCCCCACCUUCCUGUCCCAGGCUCUUUGUCUAUCCAGAGGACGGGGGCAGUGCUGAAUGGCUAUGACCUGGUUAAGAAGGUGGUUAAGAAGGGCAGUGGGCUAUGAAAAUUCUGCUUCAAGAGGUUCAGGUGGGUGAUGGUGGGGUGAUCAGCAUGGCUGGGUCCCAACCCAAGGCGUAUGCAGACUACAGGAGACCCAGUCUUUCUUUGCCUUCUGAGCCCAGCUUCUGCUGGGACCUCAAUAUGCAGUGCUGGCUUGAAGCCCCCUGCUCCCCUUGCCCUUGCUCCAAGAAAAGAGGCCAAAGCAAGGACAGGAAUUCUCCAAAUCCAGGCAGCAGUGGUGGCACAACCAGGAAAUUCCAAAGCCUAUAUGUUGUGACAGGUGGCCCUUCACAUAUAGGAGCAGCGGGACAGGCAUCUUGUAGGGCACAGGCCCCCUGAGCCUGGUUUCUGUAGUUUACAGUUAGAGCUCUAUUUUGUUAUGGUUUUUAAAUUUUUUAAGUCCUGCUCUAUUUUCCUGGGCAGGUUUAUGUUGGUGUUUACCCACUACAAUUUUUUAAAAAUGUAAGCUCACAUGCCU